AUGACCGAUUCCGCGACUGCGACCACCGCCGCGCUCGUACAAUCCGUACAUUCACAAGUGUACGCGCCGCGAAAUAUAUUGCUCGCAACCGCGUGGGUAAACUUGCAUACGAGCGAGGGACGAACCAUUCGUGUCCGCGCGUUACUCGAUCAGGGAUCCACUUUCAGCUUUAUCUCCGAGUCAUUGUGUCAAGCGCUUCGGACCAGGCGUCAGCGCACCCAUUUGCCGAUACGGUGCUUCGGCGACAAGUUUACUGGGGCGGCGCACUCGCGCGUGCCCAUUACGCUCUCCGCUUGCACCACGCCGGGCCCCACGUUUCCACUCAUGGCAUAUGUAUUCCAAAAAAUUACCGCCUAUGCCGCGUCUCAAAUCAAGCCAGUCGAUUUCUGGCCGCACCUGCGCGGAUUGGUUCUCGCCGAUCCCGACCCGUCCAGUCGACAUACAAUCCAUCUUUUAAUCGGCGCCGACCUGUAUGGGUCACUCCUGCGGAACGAUAUUCGUCAGGGCCCUCUCGGGACGCCCACCGCGCAAUUGACAGUAUUUGGCUGGGUCCUCUCGGGCCCAGCGGGCACCUUGCCCUCUCCCUCUCCGUCCUCAUCUGCGCAGGUGAACACCUGCGCCGCCACCGAGGAUCUUCAAUCUCUGCUCCAACAGUUCUGGAGUGAUGAAAAUGUCCCCUCGACAACGCCUUCGCUCACAGACGAGGAACAACUCUGCGAGCAACAUUUUUCAUCUUCGCACACGCGCACCUCGCAAGGUCGCUAUGUGGUGCGACUUCCGUUCAAAACAGCGCCACCUCCCUCUAUUGGAACGUCAUACCUUAUCGCGCUGAAACUAUAUAAUAAACUCGAACAGAGGCUCUCGCGUAACGCCGAACUGUCGCAAGCUUACCAUGCAUUCCUUCAGGAAUAUCAGACCCUGGGGCAUAUGGAGCGCGUUCCGGAAACCGUUCCCUCGCCUCAGCUCGCCGCGUACAUUCCUCAUCACGCGGUCACUCGGGAAGAAAGUACCACUUCGAAACUACAGGUUGUAUUCAACGCCUCGUGUCGAACCUCAAACGGCACGACUUUAAACGAGCAUCUCUUAGCCGGACCUAAGUUACAACAAGACCUCCCCGCUAUUAUGCUACGAUGGCGACAGUUUCGGUUUGUUUACACCGCGGACGUCGCCAAGAUGUACCGACAGAUUUUGGUGCAUCCUGGCGACGUCGACUACCAGCGAAUUCUUUGGAGCCCGCCGGGGGCCUGCGGUGUUCAACAUUUCAGACUCCUAACGGUGACGUAUGGAACGACCUGCGCUCCUUACCUCGCGCUGAGAGUUCUGCAACAGCUCGCCACCGACGAUGGGCAUUUAUUCCCUAAAGCGGUCCCGAUCGUCCGCGAAUCUAUCUAUGUCGACGACGCUUUAUUUGGCGCCGACGACAAGAAGCAAUUCCUAGAGCUCCGUGAGCAGCUCGUGGCUUUGCUUCAACGCGGCCAGUUCACCUUACGAAAGUGGACAGCCAACUCCUGUGACCUGCUUAGUGACAUUCCUCCCGACGCGCGGGCGAUAUCCGAUCUCACGUUCUCUACGGACAACUCGUUAAAGGUCCUUGGGCUAUCGUGGGUCCCCCUUGAAGACGCCUUUAAAUUCAACGUUACGUGCCCCAGCGCGGCCGUGUCCACUAAGCGAUCCGUUCUUUCCUGCAUCGCUAAACUAUUUGACCCGCUCGGUUGGGCUGCCCCGGUGGUAAUCGCCGCCAAGGUCCUCAUGCAAGAACUUUGGUUAGCGAACGUCCGCUGGGACGAGCCGCUCCCCGAUGCGUUACGCAAUCGUUGGAUAAAUUAUUAUUCGGAUCUCCCAAACCUCAAGCGUGUUCGAAUACCUCGAUGGACUCGAGUCCACCACACCAACUUGAACCUUGAACUUCACGGAUUCGCGGACGCGUCAUCUCGCGCGUACGCCGCUGUUGUUUAUCUACGCGUCGCUAACCCAGAUGGUGCUUCUCACCUUAGCCUGCUCGCGUCAAAGACCAAAGUCGCCCCCCUGAACACAGUAAGCAUACCCCGGCUCGAGCUUAACGCGGUUGUCCUACUCAGUCGGCUGCUCAGCUGGGUGCAGGAUUCGCUUCACCUAACGCAUGUCCCUGUCCACGGGUGGACCGAUUCUUCAGUCACUCUCGCGUGGGUGACUCAGCAUCCGUCUAAAUGGCGAACCUACGUCGCCAAUCGGGUGUCGGCAGUACAAACGCGUUGCCUAUCCGCGCGGUGGGGCCAUGUCCCCUCCGCCGAUAAUCCUGCGGAUUGUGCCUCUCGGGGUCUGUCCGCUUCGGAGCUCGUCCACUUCGACCUCUGGUGGCGGGGCCCCGCCUGGUUGGCGCGAUCAUCGGAAUUUUGGCCCCAACCACACGAGUUAUCUCGAACUACGCUUAACGCCGCGCUUACGGAGAUUAGGGGCACGGCGUCGCAUCAUGUCUCUUCGAAUCCCGAGUGGGAUCUCCCAGAACGUUUCUCAUCGUGGACCACACUCACUCGCGUCACUGCUUAUGUGAGGCGAUUCGCGCGGCGCGCUCGGGGUGGCGUUGCCCCCGAUCCCCGCGCGACCUUAUCCGUGAGCGAGUUGCGCGACGCCGAAACUUUCUGGCUCGGCUUCGCGCAACGAGCAUGCCUCGCGGCUGAAUGGAAGGCGCUGCACGAGCAGCGCCCCCUCUCCCGAUCGAGCUGUCUCCGCAAAUUAAAUCCUUUCGUGGGAAAUGAUAAACUAAUUCGCCUUGGCGGGCGGCUUGAGAACGCUCCGCUUUCCUACGACGAACGUCAUCCGAUCAUCCUUCCGGAUCAUCGAGUUGCCCGAUUACUCAUCGAUCGGGCGCACAAAGCCACCCUCCACGGUGGCAUCCAGCUUACGUUGCGCCUUCUGCGCCAGCGUUUCUGGAUCUUAUCUGCGCGCUCCCUUGUAAAAGGGCAUAUUCAUCAAUGUAUCACGUGCACCCGUCAUCGGGCGCAAAUCAGCGAGCAACAAAUGGGUAACCUUCCUGCCUCGCGUGUCACUCCCUCGGCCCCGUUCACGUCAACCGGGGUCGAUUACGCCGGCCCGUUUAACCUCCUCGCGUCCGUUGCUCGAGGUCAACGGAUCACCAAGCACUAUGUGGCCGUCUUCAUCUGUCUAGCCACCAAGGUUAUCCUCCUGGAAUGUCGAUGA